GAUAUUUCUAGUCGCACCUGAAGGCAGCACCGUUGACACGUGCGUCCGUUGCCAUUGGUAACCCUCAGCUGGAUAUGGAUUCUGAUCCUUCCUCAUGUUGGAAUUCAGUUCUGGAGAAAGUAAAGCCACACAUACCGACCAUGGACUUUACUUCUUCAGCAAAUGAGAAUGAAGAGUUUGUCACCAUAUAUCAAAGACCAGCUGGUCUUUCCCUGCAGCUCCCUGAAGACACGGACAGUCGGUCGGUGGAGGAUGCAGAAUUGGAGGAGCUGUUGGAACCUGCAGCAAAGACAUGCUGCUCAGAAAAGACCUGCAGGCAGAGUGUGAAGUUGGAUGAUGAUGAUGAAAUUGUAGAAAGCAUUACUGCAACUCAGUGGGGUAAACAACAUGGUGACAAUGCUGCUGAGGAUGUUUGUGAGGGCAAUUCUUUAGAGGUGAACAGAGCCAGGCUGAAUGCCUCUGUUAAAUCCACUGUGGACAGCACAGAAUCUUAUCAGGGAUUCCCUGUUCUUUCUUUUGCGAGGCUUGAACAGUGGGAUCUGGAUAAUGUUCUCCAAACUUUGAAAAAGGAUUCACUUCUGCUUCUCCAUCACCAUGGAUCAGCUGAACUCGUGAAUACACAUGAAAAUAGUGGCAAGGACAGAGCCCAGGAGAAUAUAAUGGAGAGACUAGCUGCUUUCUGUAAGAGCCAGUCACCUAAACCGGUGUCAGAGCCUGGGAAAAGUCCAAACCACAACAGACAGAAUAAUGUGUGGACUAAACCACUGGAAAGGACGGCAGCAGAGUCGGAGCUGACCCACACGGAAUGUCCCACUGUUUUCAUUGACUUGCGUUGCCGCAGUCCUUCAUUAAAACCACCAAGAACAUCCCCAAAUCUUUCAUCAGACUCCAGUUCACCAGCCAAACAAAACACUCACCAGGAAGUACCAUCUGUAAAGAAAUCCAAUCACAAAAUGCACAGUGGGUCACGGCUGGAGGACAGGGAAGUGACCGGCAAGAGUAUGUUGCUCCAGAAAAUAAGGGAAAUGAAAAGAAAUGAGAAUAAAUACCUCAGUAAAUGCACACAUCAUCCAGAUUCAGUAGAAUUAAAAGAAAAGCCACCUUCAGCUGUAGAUUCCACAUGUAGCCUUGAAUCACAACAUCUCUGGGAAGCUAAACAAUCUUUAGCUGUACAGUCCAGAAAACCUAAAACAAGAAGCACACCAGCUGUUCAGCAACGUUCAGUCAAAGACCCAACAACACAGCAGAGUGGCCAACAGAGACCACAACCUGAGCAGACAUUACAGCAUGAAGAGCACCAGAAAAUUCUUAAGCAGCUGGAAUUACACUGUCCAACCAAAUCUGUGUAUCAGAAGCAGCAGGCUGCUGAAAGGACAGACAUUCUUUAUGAUUCUGAAGCAUCACAUCUACAGUCAGUCAGUACACUACCUGAAGAUGUUAAACGUGAGGGCUGCAUACUACUGACUGUCAGUCUCUCCAGUCCUGGUAUGAUUGGAGACAGAGCUCCUGGAAAGAGGAAACAUCUGUAUCCAGCUGCAACCAAUUCACAUAUCUACAACACUUUAGUGGCUUGGUGUCUCUCUUUGGUCGGCCCUGACCCACAGCACGAUAAAGAUGAGGAUAGUGCAAAAGUCCCAUUCUGGGUUGCAGGACUUCAGCAGAUGUGGACAGAGGAUGGACUGGCUUUGCAUGUUUUAGCUGUGGCUCGUCGUUGUUAUACAACAAGGAAGAGGGACAGAGACGUUCGUGCACCUUUCUACAACCACAUCUGCAGGUUUCUUUCUGAGACCUCACUCGCUCAAAUUGCCCACUGGCUCCCUGAGCUCAACAUCUUGCUGGACCAACGAGCCUUUGCCUCACCCAUCCACCUGCCUUCUUCUAGUUUAAGUUACUUUAUCUCUGUCACCUCCAGCAAAAAGGUUAUAGAGCGGACAUUUGGUGUCAGUCCAGGGUUUUAUUGGCAGACAGUAGAAACCCAGGAGCAUGUUUGUAAGUGGAGUGAAACAACACAAAAUCUGCACACGGAGGCAUCUUUUGCUCUGGGGUGCAGUAGCUUCUUCCUACAUCCCCUCAUAACACACUACACCUUUCAGCUUGUCAUCGAGUUAGGACUGGAUGUGUGUGGUCUUCGGCUCCUUUACCCAUCACAAAGCUUCCUGAGUCACAGCGCUGGUGGUCUACCAGUUAUUCAGACAGUUGAGGAGACCUGCCAGCCUGUCUUGGUCCUAGCUGUUCGUGGCCCUCAUGCUCACUCAGUGUUGAAGGAUUUAACUAGUACCUUACAUCCUCUGGUGUACAAAAUCACAGAUCACACCCCUGUCAGCCCUCUCCACUGCAAAGAACGUCCGGUCUUCUACUCCCCACCUCUGGCCAGUCAAGUCCACAGGGAGCUGUGCUUGUGGUUCUCAGGAAGAUUUCAGGGAGGAAGUGCACAGAAUCAUAACCACCCUCUGAAUAGAGUUGUAACUUCAGGUCAUGGAGUCAGGGGCAGCCUGUUCAAGUUAAGCAGCUCACCUGCCCUUCUAUGUGCCACAACUAAAGCUGACAUACUCCUUGUGGUGUCACCUGUCGUGCCUCCGUGUUGUUACAGCCAGGUGUUGGCUGUAUGUGAACGUAGAGGCUUCAGUCUGAGGGGACUGCAGAGACUGCAGCUUCGGAGCAAUGGAGCCGCCAUCCUUGGACUCACCGGCCAGCAGGCACAUGUGUUCUGCAGUCCAUCUGCUGAGACCCUGGAUCAGGAAAAGUUGGAGCUUCCCUCUCGGUGUCUGGUGUUGAUACUGAGGAAAGAAAAUGCAGUUCAUCACAGUGUUAGUCUGCCAGCAGCUCUAAUGAGAGAAUUUAAGGUUGCAAGGCUUCUGGGUUGCAUCAGUUCCAGGGGAAAUGGUGUUCAAACACUGGAGCCAAGCUUCUGUUUCCACACUGUGCCUUAUAGCAGUAAGCUGUACCAUACCUUUGUCAGGCGUAUGUGGACAGUGCCAGAUCCUUCUGGUGUGAUCCUGUCCCAUCAGCAGUGUCCAGCCAACUCUAACAUGGAGCAGGUGGUCAUUUUGACCCUGUGCUGGAAGGACAUGAGCCAAGGCCUGAACCUCCUACACAGACUGCUAACAGAAGCACCAGAAGGUGGGGGAAGUUCACCUGGGUUUCUGAGAGCACAGUCUGUCCUGGAUUUUGGAGGUGACGUAGGACACGCAGGAUUCGAGCUGCUUGGCUUGAAGUGGCUGCCUGUGUUGACACGACUUCAGGCCCAGGAACUGAGUCCUUACGAGGUGGGAGAGCAGCUUUUCCACAACAGCCUGGACAGUCUGAUGUCCUCUCCUGCCCUUGUGUGUGCUCUUAGAUGGACAGAUGCUUUUCCUACACUGAAAAAGCUCCUGCCGCACGAUUACCCUGAUAACCUGAGUGUCCUGAUGUCACCCACACCUGAAGUGGCCUUCAGACAAGCCUCCCUCUUCUUUGAGCACAAUAUCAUCCUUGACUGGAGCAUUCGAACGUUUCUUCCCCAAAACUGCAGUAAAAAAGAUCCAGAGAUGCUGCUCACCGUGUGCCUGUUCAAGCCAAGAGUUUGGAAUCACGCUCUGGAUAAAAUUUUCCAUAAACUCCAGCAGAGUGGCCUCAUGGUGGUGGGCAUGCGAGUAGUGACCCUGGAUAAAAGUGACACUACCUCACUGCUGUCUUCAGAAAGUGACCCCUCAGAGGUGGAGGCCCAUGUGGAGUGCCUGUGCUCGGGUUCCUCACUGGCUCUCUGCCUUCAGGGGUUAAAUGCUGUGAAGAGGCUGUUGGACAUGUUGGACCAAGAGGACUCAUCCCUGUGGAUGGACUGUUACGGAUCGGGAUCAUAUCAGAAAGCAACUGUGGAUGUGAAAAAGCUUUUCCCAGAUGGGCUUUGCUGUACUGAGACCAGCACAAUGAGACAGGAGCAGAUACUCAGUUUGUGCUCAGAUCCUUUAGCCUCCAAGGAACGUGAACAGACCUGCACACUGGCCCCCAUGGCCCAGGAAGGUCUAACGCCUUCAGUGGGAUCCGGAGCAAAUGGAGGGUUCCUGAUACACGGUGCUCUCUGGCAGACAACCUGUCUGCUGAUACCCUUAAACGCUCCACCACUCAGCCAAGUACCUGCCCAGCUGGAGCUGCUGGGGAAGCUGCUGAGGUCAGGCUGCCAUCUGGUGGCAGGGAGGAUGAGCAUACUGGACAACAAGCAGAGGAAACAUAUUGCUGAUAUAGUGAGAGUGUCAUCAAGUGGAGAUGAGAGGAUGACUCACCUUUACAUGGCCCCAUGUCUCAUCAUUGCACUGCAAGGGGACAAGAUUGUGACUGGUUUUAACUUAACCCUUAAAAGGAUUUACAGAGAGAGGUCAGACCUAGAGAAGGCGGAAAAGAUGAUCAUCUACCCAGAAAGUGAAAAACAGGCCAAGCAGCUGAUAUGCUACCUAUUUAAUGCCUUGUCUCCUGAGGGCUGUCAUGCUAUUGUGCCAUAAAACUCAAAUGUUUGCGGACAUUUAUGAAAUAAGCAGCUUUUAUAAACAUUUUCAUAAGAUGUCUAGUCUGAAAAAUGCAUUUCUUAAAUAGCUCCAUAAUUGUUUCAAUAGAAAUGCUUUUUUUUUCCCUGUAAUGCAAUAAAUGUAU